AGGGAGUGGGAGCAGAUCUGGUUGCUGGGGUGAAGCAAGGUGCAAGUUAGAUGGCUACAUAAAGGGGUGCAAGUUUGGGAAAAGAGCAAGAGCAAGGUAGGGUACAGAGGAGGCUGAGUAGACAGAUUUAGGAAGUAGGGGUAAGACAAUAAGCUAUUCAGAUGGAGGAGAGACCUUGACAACAAAGAAAAACAGAGCUGACUGGAAACACAGUGAGGAGAGAACGCAGACAGAACACUGAGAUAAGAAUAAGCAUUAGACGAGAAACUUUGAACAAAUUUUAUAUUUUAAUACCAGUACCUUACAGCCAGGAUAACAGAGACAUAGCUUAAUAUAGAAACACUGCAAACACCGAGAGACAUAGACUACUGCAGAAACACAGCAAAAGUACACGAAAAAAAAGCCAUCAGACAAAGAUUGAUACAGAAAGUUAGUGAGUAUAUUGUCAGUUGCCAUGUCUGCCUAUGAGGGCCUGUCUUCCCGUCUGAGGACGGCACUGUGUGUAUCAGGGGGCAGUAUGGAUCUGGAUGUACUUGGGCGAACUUUGGGACUUACCUCUGAGCAGCUGACAAGGUUGGUGGAGGAGGAAGAGGGGCGCAGCAUUAGGAUCAGGGAGCAGGAGGGCAAGCGAGUGGCUGUGUAUAAAAGUGAGCUGCGAGUGUGCUCUGAGCGUACAAGAAAAUGUGCUGGGGACUGCGGGAAACUGCACCUCUGCCGCUAUUUCAUCAUGGGGAGCUGUACCAGGUCCCCAUGUAAGUUUAAUCACAGUGUUCAGACACCUCACAACUUUCAAGUUCUACGGCAGCAUCAGCUGGAAGCACUGGGCACUAAGGUAUUACAACAGCUUCUGUUACAGAAUGACCCAAGUCUGCUGCCUGAUAUUUGUAUGCACUAUAACCGAGGAGAUGGUCCCCACGGAUCCUGUACCUUUAAGGACAACUGUAACAAGCUGCACAUCUGUCAGCAUUAUCUGCAGGGUGACUGCAUGUUUGGAAGCAAAUGCAAGAGGUCACAUGACUUCAAAGAAGAGGAGACGUUGAAGAAGUUAACUAAAUGGGGACUAAGUGGCACAUUCCUACCUGAACUGCUAUCCAUUUACAUAAAUGCAAGUGCAAUGACAAAGAGUUCUGCAGCGUCUCCCGUGAAAGAGAAAGCUCCACCAAAGAAUGAAAAACCCAAACUAAAGAAAUCUACCACCAUUGAACAUAUUGAUGAAAUCUGCCUGUACUUCAUAACAAAGACCUGCAGCUUCAAAGACAGGUGUGUUCGGAAUCAUUACCAUCUCCCUUACAGAUGGCAGGUGUUUACCAAUGACAGCUGGAAAGAUUUUGAUACGAUGGAAGAUAUUGAGAAAGCGUACUGUGAUCCUAACAGCAGAGUACCUUUGGCACACCUGGAUUUCAGCACCAUGACUUACAAUUCAUAUAAGAUUCGGCGUCUUUCCACUCCAUCUGCUGUAUCAAAACCGCCACAUUUCAUCCUCACCACAGAAUGGCUUUGGUACUGGAAGGAUGAAUACAAAAUAUGGAAUGAGUAUGGCGCACAGUGUGACCUUCACAAAUUGUCCACCAUCAGCAGCAGUGAUCUGGAGAAUGUUUACAUGUCAGACACCACGGCACGAGUACCAUUUAAAGCAGGGAAGCAUGAGUAUGUGCUUAGUUUUAAAGACAUGAUCCAGAGAAAUACUCAUUACGGAACAGAGAGGAUGGUGUGCAGGAGACCUACAUUUGUGUCAGUGGAGGAUGUAAAGAAAAAGAAAGUUAGGAAGUCCGAGUCAUUAAAAGAAGGUCAGAAGUCCACCCCACCACAGUGGGACACAGGAGAUAUACCUGAUGCUGGCUAUAAGCUUGUCCCUCUAGGUAAAUCAUCAGAAGAAUAUAAUAAAAUCGACACAGCUUUUCGUCGAACAUUACCAUCUAUGAACAUUAACAGCAUCCAUCGAAUUCAAAACCUUUCUCUGUGGGAGGUUUACCAGUGGCAAAAGGAACAGAUGAAGAAACACAAUGGAGGAAAUGAGGUGGAAGAGAAGCAGCUGUUCCAUGGCACUAAUGACAAACUUGUUGAUGCAAUUUGCCAGCAGAACUUUGACUGGAGAAUAUGUGGUGCACAUGGAACAGCAUAUGGUAAAGGAAGUUACUUUGCCAGAGAUUCAUCAUAUUCCCAUAACUACAGUCAACGCACUGACUCUCCACUACGGGUAAUGUUUGUUGCCCGUGUGCUGGUUGGCGAUUACACACCAGGAAAGUCCUCCUACCUUCGUCCGCCUUCCAAAAACAACUUGUUAUCAUCUAGCUUCUUUGAUAGCUGCGUAGACAAUGCAAGAAAUCCAUCAAUCUUUGUGAUUUUUGAGAAGCAUCAGAUAUAUCCAGAAUACCUUAUCAAAUACUCAGAUGAACCCAGGAACUUAAACAGUCUGUUAAGCGCCCUAAAGAAACAUAGAAUAUGAGUCAAAAUGUUUAAAAUGCUUUCUUCAUGACCAAGUAUGCUCCUUUAUGUUUCAAGGUCAAACCCACAAGUUUGUGUUUCUCUAUGAUAGAUGCAGAACAGCUGUUCUUCAAAAUAAGCCAAGCACAAGACAUGACUAUGAUUAAUUAGUUACUAGUGGUUUUAGUUCCAUAAUCCAUGCUUCUAUUCCGCAAAUUAGAAACAUUUCUUUAAAUAAUUAUUUGAAUCAUUUCAGCAAAUUAGGGCACUUUGAGUCCAUGUGUGGUUCAAAGUCAUCGUUCAUGGGAUGGUUAGAUGAUAGUAGUGUAUCUGGCAGCCUUGUAAAAGAGUUGCUGGAUCACAGAGGAGGAGAGCUGUUGUCAAAUAGCAGCCAGAUGUUUUGUUUUUUUUCUUUUCCUUUGAAAGUGGUCACUGUUAAACGUCAGAUAUCCUGAGCGAGGGCAGAUGCAGCAAGGUGUAAUAUACAGUAAAACAUUAUGCACCCGAUUUGCAUAAAGCUUUCUGUUCUGACAUUUGAAUGGGAGAGAUUGUGUUAAAUCCUGACUAAUACUAUGGGUUCUACAUUUUAGUUGAGGAGAAUAUUCAGUGUGUUCACUAUACAAGAAUCAAAUGUUAUCAUGUAUUUAGAUGUGUUUACAGUUAUAUUGCAUAAAUACAUGUAUUAUUAAAGUAUCCCUUUAGGAAUGA